CCCGACCCCAAGUCCCCGUUAACUCGUCACUUGCAUCAAUAGCCACUGAGCAACAAGACAGCUCCAAACAUCACCAGCUGAACGAGACUCUGAACCUGUUGCUCGUAUUACCCAGCCAUACCGCCUCUGUAUGCCGCUCGACAGAAGCGAAGUUACGCUCGAAUACCGCACCAUGCACCUCUCGUCAUCCUUCAGCUAGCGACCCCGUCUAUUCUGUUUUUUUUUUCUUCUCGUGGGUGUUUGUCUGGGCUUAGAUCGCAUCCCUUUUUCGAGUCGUUUCACCUCUGCAACCCGAGUGCUUACCCAGCUAGCCCUAUGUUCUGCCUUACGGAAGUACGCGUACUAGAUAUAUAUCUUCAUCACUUCCGACCUACGUGACCUCAACCGAACGUUUAUUCUGCCAUCGCCCUCGCCGUCCUUAUCCUCUCCCUCGUCGUCUUCCUUCACACCGUAACACAGGCUCGCCAAUAUGGUCUCCGACGAGACUUACGAGCUAUGCCUUCCCGUCCUGCAGGAUUCGAGCCUUGAGGAGGAAGACAAGGCGGAUAAGCUGGAAGAUCUGCUGAAGAGUGAGACAAAUUUGGGCGGAACUAGCCUAGAAAAUGCGGUGUUGGACGUCUUGUGGCGGUAUCGCGAUGCAGGCGGCAGCGCGGCCUCGCCUCCCCCGAUACGACAGACUAUACUGCGUCGCCCUUCUCCAGCUUCUUGGAGGGGCGCUGCAACUCCUAUGUCAGGCUCGCCGCGACUUGGAGUGAGCCCCCUGGCUCCUCCAGGCUUCGUCCCGACAGCGCUCAGCAGGACCAAGUCAUCAGGUGUCUCGCCUUUCUCGUCUCCUCGACCGUCUCCGCGUCUCGCUUUCGUCGCUCCGGCGAUGCCGCACAGUCCGAAUCUUAAUGCCUACGAGUUUGCGCAAGCUGAUACCAGCCCAAUUCAGGAGGUAUUUGGCGACUUUCAAAAUGCCAACGUUGAUUGGCUCGUCGACGAUGAUGCCCUUAGCGUCACCUCCUCUAUCGGGACACCAAGCGGUCUGAAUGCCGCGGCGCCCGAGUACGUUUCUGCUAUAAACGCGCAACAAUCAGAUAUGACUCCAUACGAUAUGCUUCGCUCCAUACUGGGCCAGUCGAAAACUGACGCCGAGAUCGAGGGGGCUCUGGCUAUGCACGGCUACGACCUCAGUGCGGCCAUAGCAGCCAUCAUGGAUGCUCAAGGACAAGACCCGUUGAAUGCCUCAGCUCUCACGCCUGAAGCCAAGAGUAUACUCAUUGGCAAGGCCAUGAUUCCGGAUCCGCGACCAGCUACACCUUCAAACCAGCAGAAGUCGGGCAUUAUAUGCAAAUUCUACCUGUCUACGGGACAAUGUCUUCGUGCAGAUUGCCGCUUCAGUCAUGAUCUCAGUAACCAUAUUUGCAAAUACUGGGUGAUGGGCAACUGUCUGGCUGGUGAUACCUGCAUCUUCUCCCAUGAUCCGGCCCACCUUAUGAAUCGACUUACAGUGGACGGAGGCAGCGCCCCUGGCACGCCUCCCCAAGCAAAACUGCAAGUGCAAGACUACACCUCGUUUCCUGCUCUGCGCCCAGCGACUCCAGAGCUUAAUCCCAACGCUGCGAGCUUCAAUUAUCCUAGUCUAGGCAUCACUCCUCCACCCGGACUGAGACCAUUACAUGACCAUCCCAGGUCACGGCCAGGUAGCAGGCACCAGACUAAAGACGGAUUGAGCGCGCCAUCUAUCGACGACAAUGAUGCUUUCCCAUCCCUUGGGUCCGCUUCAGCCAAACCAAAUAAGAAGCACCACGGCAAACGAGGGGGUCAUGGACAUGGCCACAAGGAGAAUUUUGCGCCUAGUUCAUUGGCCGAUAUCGUCAAGAUGUCGCCGUCGCCAACCCCUGUACGACAAGAUGCGAAGAAACUUGGCCGCGGCGGAAAUUCUGCUGUGGCCAAGAGUGGCGAGAACAGCGCUGCUGCACAAGUCAUUCCAAAUCCCAAACACAUUCCGUGGCUAGAGACUGGAGAUCGAGCCAACAAGGCAUAUCUGAAGGCUCGACAGGAGGCCAUCAAGCAUGGUGGCCUCCGGAACAAGUUCUUGCAAAGCGCUGCUCAGGCUUGGAAUCGAAACGACGCGCGGGCAGCGAAGGCUCUUAGUCUCCGAGGUCAGAGCGAGAACGAUCUUAUGCGGAAAGCUCAUCGCGAAGCCGCCCGCGAGCUUUAUGAGGAGCGCAAUAAAAACACAGGGUCCAGCUUGGAGAUCUUUGUCGACUUGCAUGGACUGCAUCCCGAGGAAGCCGUCGAGUACCUGGAGCGCAUGCUCCUCGACAAUAGCAAGGAGAGUAGGCCCGUCUACGCUAUUACUGGUACGGGCCACCACAGCAAGAACGGCAAAGACAAGGUGGGCAAGGCAAUCCGCAAUUUCCUCAACGAAUGGCGGUACACUUAUCGUGAGUUCUCGGUUCCUGGUGACCGGAACAGCAUGGGUGGGAUUCUUGGGAUUGAUGCCCGCAGCUGGGACAAGUCGCUUGCAAGGGAUGAGGCUAAGAAGGAGGAGCCUGAGGAAGAGGUUGAUAUCCUGAGUCAAGGGGUCGAGAUUGGGGAUGGCAAGGUCAGGCUGCUAGUUAGAGACCCCCCUAAGGGGCCCAGUGGGAACAGAGCCAGGUAGUGGAAUCAACAAAGGAGUAAAAUUCUAGAUACAUUUAU